AUGUCGAACAGACAGGCCGCCUUAUCGCUCUACCGGCGCUCGUUGAAGCUAGCCCUCGACUGGGCUGUUCAUCGUCAUCUCUGGCGCGGCCAGGCGCUUUACAUUCGUUCUUUAUUCGAGGCGAACCGCAACAUUACCGACGUCAGGAAACAAAGAGCGUUAUUGAGUGAGACGGAGAAGCUGCUAGAGACAUGGAAACAUCCCGAUCCUUACUGUCAUCCUACAGCUCCAGGAGGCUCCAAGUACGAGAGAAACUUGCCAGCGCACACAACAGCAGCGCCUCCGCCCCUAAAGUUCUAG